AUGAGUAAAUAUUCACGAGUACCUAACGCCGAAGAAGACACUCAAGUCGUUGAACUUCAGGUUCCUCCUUUGGCGGCUGAAGCUUCCACCUCCCGUUCUCCAAGUCCCGUUCCCUCUACAAAUAAUAAUGUUGAUAAUGAGAUAAUAGAAACAGAGUCUACACCAAUGGUAACCGAAAGUGUUAAUGAAACAACGUCUGAUGAUGAUGAAAAUCAUGAAACCAAUGAUGGAGGAUCUAGAUUGUCUAUACUGAACAAGAUAAAGAGAAAACCAAAUGCUACACAACCAGCUGCUUUACCUGUAGUAACUGAUGGUGUAUUUUCAAACUUAUCCGCAAAACCCGAUACAGAAGCCGAUAAAGAAGAAGAAAAUCCACCGGCAGCCGCCGCUGAUGCAGCGCCACCUUAUUGGGAAACGACUAUCAUUGCACCAGGGUUAAGUGGUGAUGAGAUUCUUGUUGAAGGUUUACCAGUAGGGAAUUUUUUCAGUUUCAUUUGGAAUAUGCUUGUUUCCAUGAGCUUCCAAUUCGUUGGGUUCUUGCUUACUUAUCUUUUACAUACCAGUCAUGCAGCCAAGAAUAACAAGAAUACUGUUGGUGUUCCAUAUCAAAGCAAUGAAGGACACGAACAAAUUUCUCAUCAACGAAAUAGAUAUGACCAACUUUCAACUCGUCGCUUGUCCAGAGAAGGUCAUCAUAGCUAUACUUUUGUCAAUAAUUACCUUCGUAAUAAUAAUGUUCCUCGUAGUGAAUUCAACAAUGAUCAAGCUGUUCCUCGACACAAAGAACCUUACAACAGUUAUAAAUCUUCUCGUCGUAAUGAACCUUCCAACGUAGAUCAAUCUUCUCAUCACCAUUCCAAUGUUGAUCAAUCCCUUCGUAAAGAUUCUUUCAACAAUGACCAAUCUACUCAUUCCCACUGUAAUGAAAAUUUCAACAAUUCUCAUCGUCAUGAGAAGUUUAACAAUGAUCAAUCUGCAUCUCACCGUAAUGAAAAUGUCAAAUAUGAUAAAUCCUGCCGUAAUGAAAGUUUCAACAAUGAUUCAUCGAAUCCUCGACGUAAUGAAAAUUUCAAAAAUUUCAACAAUGAUCCAUCUUUUCCUCGUCGUUUCAACAAUCAUCCAUCUGUUCAUCGACGUUUCAACAAUGAUCCACGUCAUUUCAACAAUGAUCCUCGUCGUUUUAACAAUGAUUCAUCGACUUUUCGUCGUAGUGAAAGUUUCAAAAAUAAUUAUUCUGCAUCUCACCGUAAUGAAAAUUUCCAAUAUUCCCGUCAUCAUGAAAAGUUCGACAGUGAUCAAUCUUUUUCUCCUCGCGGUAAUAAUUUCAAAAAUGAACAAUUUAUUCCUCAUCGGAAUGAAAAUUUCACUUGUGGUCAAUUUGCUCCUCGUCAUAAGGAAUCUUUCCAUAGUGACAAAUCCGUUCCUCCACGACCUUUCGGCAAUGAACAAUCUGCUCCUGCUCGUAAUGAAAAUUUAAAAAAUGAUCAAUCUGUUUCUCAUCGUAAGGAAUGUUUCAACAAUGAUCAAUCUGCUACUUCUCGCCGCAAUGGGAAUUUCAACAAAGAUCAGUCUGCUUCUCCUCGCUGCAAUGAUAAUUUCAACAUUGAUCAAUCAGCUUCUUUUCGCCACAAUGAGAAUUUCAACAAAGAUCAAUCUGCUUCAUAUCGUCGCAAUGAGAAUUUCAACAAAGAUCAAUCUGCAUCUCUUCGCCGCAAUGAGAAUCUCAAACUAGAUCAGUCUUCUUCUCCUUGCCGCAAUGAGAAUUUAAACAUAGAUCAAUCUGCUUCUCCUUGUCGCAAUGAGAAUUUAAACAUAGAACAAUCUGCUUCUCCUUGUCGUAAUGAGAAUUUAAACAUAGAUCAAUCUGCUUUUCCUCGUCGCAAUGAGAAUUUAAACAUAGAUCAAUCUGCAUCUCUUCGCCGCAAUGAGAAUUUCAACAUAGAUCAGUCUUCUUCUCCUUGCCGCAAUGAGAAUUUAAACAUAGAUCAAUCUGCUUCUCCUU